CACAAUGCCAAUCCUAGAAAAUCAUCCCCUCUCCCCAGAGCUUCCCAUAGUCCCUCUACACAUCUUCGGGUCCCCCUACCCUCCAUCUCCAACAACACAUCUAACACCUCUAACCCCUGCUCUCUCAACAACCCCAAUUCACACCUACGCCUCGGCAACCCCAUCCACCGCAACCCUCGCCUGCAACGCAUCCGCCAAAGCCUUCACGAUCUGGAAGAAAACCGCACCCUCGUACCGCCGCGAGCUUCUCCUCAAAGCAGUAGAAGUACUCCAGCGUCGGGGCGACGAGAUCAGUGCCAGCCAAGUCAAGGAAACAUGCUGCGCUGAGGCGUUCGCGAAGAUCAAUCUAAAAGGCGGGAUUGAAGGCGUGAGGGAGAUUGCGGCUGCGACGGCGGAGAUACGGGGCACUGUUUCGCAGAGGGGCGUUGUACCUGGGAGUGAGGGGAGGGAAGGAGAGGGCUUGACCAUUGUGGUUAAAGAGGCUAUUGGCGUUGUUUUGGUGAUUGCUCCAUGGAACGGCGCAGUCAUCCUCCCCCUCCGCGCACUCAGCCAGGCUCUAGCAGCAGGUUGUACCAUUGUGUUCAAAGCCUCUGAGCUGUGUCCACGGACCCACACCAUCCUUGUGGAGUGCUUCGAAGAAGCCGGGAUCCCUCCAGGCGUCAUCAACGUCGUCCAAGCUAGACGCGAAGAUGCUGCUCCCGUGGUCGAAGCCAUCAUUUCGCAUCCUGCGGUGCGGAAAGUCGAUUUCAUUGGCAGCGCCGCGGUGGGGAGUCAGAUCGGACAAGUAUGCGCAAAGCACCUAAAGCCGAUUCUAAUGGAGCUGGGUGGGAAAGGUCCCGCCCUUGUUCUGGACGACGCGGACUUGGAGAAGGCGGCGAAGAUGUGUGCGAUGGGCGCUGUUGCGAAUCAUGGACAGCUUUGCUUUUCGACCGAGCGUAUCAUCAUCCAUGAAGCUGUGUAUGACCAGUUUCUUGCGUUGUUGUCUGCUGUUAUGCAGAGGCUUCCUGGACCUGCUGUGGGCAAUGCCGUAUCGAAGCAGUCUGUCACCCAUGCUUUGGAUGUACUCAAGGAUGCUGAGACUCUUGGUGCGAAAUUCAUCGUCGGAGGGACAGAUUGCGCUUCGGAUGUUAGCUUGAAGCCAACGAUUGUUGAAGGUGUCACGCGUGAGAUGCGCAUCUUCGACGAAGAGACGUUUGGGCCUUCGGUCUCUGUUUACAAAGCGGAAAAUGAUGAUGAGGCGGUCCGUAUGGCGAACGACUCCAAGUAUGGGUUGAAUGCCGCGGUGCACAGUAAAAGCUGGGAACAUGCUUAUACGAUUGCUUCGCAGCUCGAGUACGGUCAGGUUCAUAUCAACAACAUGACCCUAAUGGAUUCCCCGGGCCAGCCAAUCCAGGGUAUCAAGGGCUCUGGAUGGGGACAAUCGAAUAGCAUUUGGGGCAUCAACGAGUUUUUGAUUGAGAAGACAGUCAUGUUUCACUCAUCUCAGGGAGGGUUUCCUUUUGGACCAUAG